UCGUUCAAUGACGGAUUUAAAAGGAAAAAUCAUUAGCAAAAAAAAGAUUUUUCGUCGAUGUAAUAACACAAUAGGCUGACUGAUUUUAACCUCAUAGAGAAUUUAAUUCUACACAUUCCAUUUUGUUUUAAUUUGGACCGAUACCACAAUGAUGCUUGGUGGUGGAAGCAACUGCUUUGCAGCAUCGCUUGGUCCUGGAGAUAAAAGCAAAGACAGAGUUGUUAUCAACGUUGGAGGGACAAGACAUGAAUGUUACAUCAGUACCAUUCAAAACUUUCCUGACACGAGGCUAUAUUGGAUUGCUGAGACAGCGUUAAAGAUGGCUGAUUUUGAUCCAGAUGGAAAUGAAUUCUUCUUUGAUAGACAUCCAGGUUGUUUUCAAAACAUUCUGAAUUAUUGCCGAACAGGCAAGCUGCAUUGUCCAAAUGAUGUGUGUGGGCCACUGUUUGAGGAGGAACUCGCAUUUUGGGGAGUUGAUGAACUGAUGAUGGAGCCGUGCUGUUGGGGGGCGUACACCCAACAUAGAGAUGCACAUCAAAACUUAAGAAUGUUCGAUGAAAUGCAUGGUGAAGAACAGGAAAGCAGGGACGACAAUAACUUAGAUCCAGACGAGUUAGAGAACCUGAGAAUUCGAAAUGAAAAGAAAGGGAAAUUGGGAAAAUUUAUUUCAGAUGUGAGACCAAAAGUUUGGGCUAUUGUAGAAAGACCAUUCUCAUCGACAUAUGCACAGAUAUGCGCUCUCGUAUCCAUGAGCGUCAUCGUGCUGUCAUUGGCUACAUUCUGUAUGGAAACCAUGAACUAUUUUACCGAACAAAAACCAUUAUUUGAAAGACUCGAGUACAUCUACUGUGCAUUCUUCACGGUAGAGUUUAUAGUCCGAUUCCUCUGCUGUCCAUCGUUGAAGGAAUUUUUUAAAAGCGCCAUGACGUGGAUUGAUUUUGUAUCCACAAUGCAAUUCUAUAUCAGCUUUUUCGCUCACACAAAUGCCUUAGAUUUUUUAUUCGUCUCCAGGCUAAUUCGUAUCUUUAGACUGUUCCGAUUUUUUAAAAAUUUAAGUGGAAUGCAGGUCAUUGGUCAGACGUUAAAGGCAAGUGCGAAUGAGCUGUUUUUAUUGGUUCUGAUAGUCCUGAUCCCUAUGAUUAUUUUCUCGACACUGGUGUACUAUGCAGAACAGGAUACUCCAGACCGUGAUUUUCACAAUAUUCCCGAAACAUUCUGGUGGGCUAUUGUUACCAUGACAACAGUCGGUUAUGGUGACGAUAUCCCUAAAUCAACGUACGGAAAGAUGAUUGGAGCUAUGUGUGCUUGCUCUGGUGUCUUGAUUGUUGCGUUACCUGUCUCAGUGAUCGGUAGCAAUUUUACUCUGUAUUACUCCUACGCUCAAGCAAGAAUGAGAUUACCGAAGAGGCGGAGUCCUGCUUUGGUGUCAGCUGAUAAAGCGUUGAUGAACAGUAACCAUGAACAGGGAGGUCGCGAUCGCGUAGAUUCACAUGUAAGCCCACCAAUGGAAAAGAAAGGCAGAGGACUUGCAGCUCUGGACGCACUAUCAUCCGUAUCAUCAGUACUCGUCGAUAUAGCCGUACCUGCCCGCGAAAAACGAAGACAUGCCCUACAACCUUCCGCAAAUCCUAUUACCAAGGCAAGAAAAGGAAGAUCCCGAAAACACAUCGCCAAAGGCUUAGCAUUGACUGACUUGGUAGGCAUGCAUGCCUCUUCGUGUAGCCCCAAUUUUAUUAGUAACGUACUGCAUGAAAUCGUUGACACAGACGAAGACACAGCUGAGAUGGAACAAGAAAGUGUAGAAAGCCCGAAAAUCAAUCUUAGUGCCAGAAAUAAAAGCUUACCCACGCUACACACUUUUUCUGACUCCUCAGACAGGAAAAACAGAUUUAAAGGAGCAAGCAAUGACGACAUAAGAAGGGUGAAUGAGAUGAAGAUUUUAAGCCAGUCGGAUGACAGCUGGUGUCAUUCAACACCUGGAAACACUAAGAAACGUGUCAUACAUUGUGAUAUUGUCCAGUAUGUUCCUAGGAAAAUUAGUCAUGCCGAAUUAAAAUCUAGAAGAAAACUAAGCCAAACAGCCAAGCCGCAAAAUUUCAGUACAGAUAGUCCACAUGUAGUUAUCACCAAUGGUUUAGAUCAGAGUGUGAAGAGGACAGAGGACGUAAUGAUGAGUCCGUUUAUGGACCCGCGUGAGAGCUUCAGUCCGGUGAUGUCAUCUGAAAGAGACUGCAACCAAAAUUUACCACUUCUGUAGUAUUUACCCUACUUAGCCUACCGGACAAAUUUCGGACAUGAUUAUUCGUCAGGUAAUAUAUUUGCCACCUGGAAACAAUUCCGUUUCUGUUUUGAAACGUCUUGUUUGCGCUUUUUAAGUUAAUUUCUAUUUAAGAAGGUAAAAAGCGCUGAAACAAAUGUAGCAACCUCGUCACCAAGGUUUGGUCUAUGUCAAAGCUGCUAGCGCUUACUUGAUGGCUAAACAAGUUUUUUUGCCGCUGGCCUCGAUGCCAAAAAGGCAAAAGCCCCUGGGGACAAGGUUUCAAAUGUAGACGAAAAGUUUUAAGUCGGUAACACAUAAUUCGUCAGUCAAGUAUUUAGCCAACCCUGAAAAACUACUUAUCUCCACCCUUUUGUCCUUUUUGUCCAAUAAUCUUUAUUUUGGAUGAAAAAUAAAAUGAAUAAAUGUAUAUAUAUAUAUAUUUCCUUAAAAUUUAUGACUUGUAUUUAUUUUCUCUCAUAGUGACGAAAUAAAUAAUACAUAAUA